AUGUUAUCUAUAUUGGAGGGAAGUCUAUGGCUAAUGUUCAAUAAUAUGCCUUUAUUUCUUCAACGGUGGACACCGGGGCUGACUUUAACCAAGAACAGUCAUGAUAAAAUUCCGGUGUGGAUUAAAAUCUAUGAUUUACCUUUGGAAGUUUGGAGUGGGGACAAACUGUGUAUUAUUGCGAGUAAGUUGGGGGUUCCUCUGGCUUUUGAUUCUUUUACUGAGGAGAUGUGUUUGGAACACAAGGGUAGGAAUGCUUAUGCUCGAAUUCUUGUUGAAAUGGCGGCUGAUAAGGAGUGGAAGAGGAAAAUUGAGGUAUCUACUUGGGAUUUUGUUUCUAAUUUUGUUGUGACUCAGAGUUUUGAUGUGGAGUAUGCGAGGAUUCCUUCUAGAUGUAAUCACUGUAAGGUCUAUGGUUUUACUGAGGUUGUUAAUAAGAAGGUUAAAGGAAAUAAAGAUGGUGAAGGUACUAGUAAAACUAUGGAGGGUCCUGCUAAUUUGUAUAAUCAGAGAAAUAGUGGAAAGAAUGGCAAUUUUAACAGGGGAAAUAGUUUCAGGGGUAAUAAUGGGAAUAGAGGUGGUAAUGGUAGGGGGCAGAAUGGGAACUGGAACAAUAGAGGGGUGAGUCACUGGAAUUUGGAAAAGAAUCGAAGAUAUGAGAAGUAUGCUACAGGUCAGACUUUGACUAGUAAUCAGGGGAAUAAGGGGAAUAAGGUGCAGGGGGAUACUAAAGAGGAUGAUAUCAUAAAGGUGGGUGUUAGCAAGAAUUUAGAAAAUAAGGAUGUUACUGGUGAUGGUUGUAGUAAUAAAAAUAGUUUUGAAAUCCUGGGAAUGAUUGGUGAGGAAGUUAUGGAUGGAAUGGAAGAGGAUGCUAAGGGGGACAAGGUUGUUGUCCAACAGGAAGGAGAUUGUAUUGCUUUUUCUUCUGAUGUUGUUGGAGAAACGAAUAAUAAGAUGGAUCCUUAUAAGAUUUUUGGGAAGGGUGAAAUAGUGAAUGAAAGCAAUAAAAUGAAGAAUAGUAAGAGUGUUCAGGGGAACAGUAAUAGCAAAGGGGUUUGGAAUGUCAGGGGCUUGAAUAAAGCCAUUAAGCAAAAGGAGGUUAUUGAUGUUAUUAGGAGUAAUAACCUUGGUAUAUGUGUUGUGGUAGAAUCUCAUGUUAAGGUCUUAAAUCUUAAGAAUAUGUGUGUUAAGACCUUUGGUCAAUGGGAUUGGGUUUCUAAUAAUAGCAACUGUGAGGCUGGAACUAGAAUAAUUAUUGGAUGGAAUCCUAGAUUAUUCAAUGUGAUGGUGAUUUCUCAGUCUAGACAAGUAAUACAUUGUUAUGUUAGGUUCUAUGAUUCUAACUAUAGCAUGUAUUUGUCUUUUAUAUAUGCUGCUUCGACUUAUGUAGAGAGAAGGUUAUUGUGGGAUAAUCUGAAGAAACAUAGUUUGGUUGUUAAGAAGGAAGCUUGGGGAAUUUUAGGUGACUUUAAUGUUGCUUUAAAGCCUUCGGAAUAUUCUGAAGGUUGUUCUAAAAUGCCGAAAGGAGUUGAUGAAUUUAAUGACUGUAUAAAUUCUAUUGAAGUUGAGGAUCUGAAUUGCACUGGUUUUCAGUUUACUUGGAACAAAUCUCCUACUGGGAAUAAGGGUCUUUUGAAGAAGUUAGAUAGGGUGAUGGUUAAUUUGAAAUUUGUUUCUGAUCAUCCUUUAGCUCAUGCUGUUUUUAAACCUUAUAGGGUGUCGGACCAUUGUCCUGCUGUUUUAAAUGUUCAUGCUGGCAAAUUGAGAUGGAAACCUUCUUUUAGGUUUUCCAAUUUUAUUACAUAG